CUACAUGCUAACACGGGAGUGAGCACAACGUUACAGCCCUCCACCAGACCCUGUGUUAAUAAUACUGUUUUUAACCACAACCGUUUAUGUGACCGGUCAUGUUAACCAAGUUAGUGCUUCGUAGCUAACAUUCGCUAGCUAAACGUGGUAGUGGUCAUCAAGUGGAAGCUCCCUAACUUCAUAUCACACAUCAAUACAGAUUGGGAUGCAAAUAGUGUGACCAUGGAUCCGUCCUGCAGUGUUUCUGCUGCUCCAGCUGGUUUGACUGUCCAGGUGUGUUUCCCCGGUGCCCGUGCUGCUGUUUUGGACAAUCUGAACCGCCAGCGGGAAGAAGGCCGUCUGUGUGAUCUCUCCAUCCAGGUGCAAGGACAAGUGUUCAGGGCCCACCGCUGUGUGCUCGCUGCAUCCUCACCCUACUUCCACGACCAGGUGUUGCUGAAGAAUGUUACAACUGUUUCCCUACCCUCAGUUAUGGACCCGGUGGCCUUUGAGAGUGUCCUGAGUUCAGCCUACACGGGUCAGCUGAGCAUUGUGCACGAUGACAUUGUUAACUACGUCACUGUGGCCAGUUUCCUCCAGAUGUGGCACAUCGUGGACAAAUGCACAGAGAUCCUGAAGAGGCCCCGGCCCACAGCAGAAGUCACCUCCGGAGAGGCCGCUGUAGCUCACCCUGGCACUGCAUCCCGCCAGCAGUCCCCAAGCAGCACAGACUGCUUAUAUCUGGAAAGGGAGGGAAGAAGGAAGGAGAGAAAGCCCGAUGCCUUGCCUCCCUUAGCUACUUGGAGACGCCCGCAGCAGUUUCCUAGAUGGGGGCGACCACGGCCCUCAUCAGCCCUGCACUCAGCCGACUCUCAACUGGACACCCUGCCUGGCUACUCAGAGAGUGUUUACACAAACUGUGAGGAGGCCUGGGUAUCAAGCCAUGCCAAAACAAGCCACUUCGCUCAUGAUGGACCUGGCCACAAUAACCGGUGUUACGGAGGGUUCCCUAGUGGUGAAGCAUUAAAGCAGAAAGUCAGGUUUCAACAGCGGGGAGCACCGGCGAGCACUGAUAGACUGCUUGAUAAGAACAGAGAGAGCGGGGACUGUGAUGAGACACAAGAGAAUAGGAAGAAGGAGAAAAGAGAGAUUGAGGCAGAUGAGGGAGUCGGAGAAGCGGCGGUGGAGAAGAAGGGAGGCUUUGCACAAAUGGGACACUGCGACUUCCACCCGAUUUCAAAUGAGAAUAUUGGCGCCGGACAAGCCACGGGGAAGGCGGGUGUGGAGGAGACCAAGGGAAAAGUGCAGAGAAACUUGUUGGGAAGAGAUCCUUGCUCAGACCUGCCCAGUGUUCAUGCUUGCCAAACAGGUGAAGGAGUUCCGGGCACUUCCUGUCCGGUGUCAGCCCGGCUGCAGUGGCAGACUGGUCCUUGGUCUCAACCAGAGCAGAGGCCGCAGGAAGGAGAGGGUGGCAGCUGCAGUAAAGACGAGGAUGAAGACGAUGAGGAAGAGGAUGUGGACUUUGAGUGUUUCACAGAAGGAACAUUUAGCAGAGGCACAUAUGAUGAGAUUGAAGAUGGCACAGGACAGGUUUCCCAGAGGCCUUUAGUGCCCGUGUCUCCUGACUUCACCAUGGCAGGCUCUGAGGGGAACUGGCCCUCCACCGCCGUGGGACAGGGCAGCUCAUUGACUCCCACCUCAAGUCGCCAUUUGUCUCCAUCCUCUGCUGCAUUUCCGCCACCCUCUUCACCCCCGACCCCAUCUUCAUCCUCCUCAGUGUCUCUCGCCGGCGCCCCCUACACGGGCAAAGUCCACUUCUGCCACUGCGGCAAAGCCUACACCCUGAAGAGCAUGCGUGACCGGCACGUAAAGAUGCAGCACCUCAAUCUAAGGCCCUUCGGCUGUCCUGUUUGCACAAAGUCCUUCAAGAUGAAACACCAUCUCACCAAGCACCUUAAGACUCACGGAGGGCUGCGACCCUAUGAGUGUGGCCUGUGUGGGAAAAAAGUCAUUUGGAGGGACAGCUUCCUCAGGCAUCAGGCCCGAUGCGAGAGACUUGCCUCCAGCUCCACAGCUAACAGCAAUGCAAGCACAGCCGCAGCAGAUGUGGAUGACAGCUACAGUUAUGGAUUUGAAGACGGGGACGCUUUUCUUGCAACGGGAGGACAAGUGAAAGUGGAGGCGGUGGAUUUUCACGGGGAGAUGGAGGGCGGGAUGCGUGGCCUGUUGGGCAGCGUGUCUGGGAUUGUGGACGAGCUAAGAACUCAGUCACAAAACUUGGAGACCGGGAGUCAUGUUUUUAAAGAGGAGGCGAGUGAGAGCUUUAGCGGAAAUUAAACAUUAAUGUGAAACUGUGUGUACAUAAAUACAUACAAGGAGGACAACGAAUGACGCGUCUCCGGACACAAACCAUCGAAGGCUAUGGAAGCUCUAAACAGCCGAGGUUCAAAUUAUAUUUCUCUGUUCUCCCUUGAUGAUGAUAAUAUCACACGUCUUUUAUGUCAGUAUCUCAAAAGAACAAAUGUUGCUUUUCUGAGAUAAUGUGAUAAUUUUCUCAAGAUAAUGACAUCAUUAAUUUGGAAAUCACAUAAUCGAUGUUUUGUCAUUUAAACGUAUUAGCACUAGGCCUACAGUAUCUCUCAUGACAUAAAGAACUUGUGAUCUGUAGAAAAUAACUAGAAAUGAACCUGUAUGGGAAAACAGGAUAUAAAAGCUUUGAAUCGUGGCUGUUUGGGGCUUUUAUUCUCUUUGAGCAGCCGCUUUUGUUUCGUCCUUUUUCUCCGCAUUCUUUUGUUAAAUCAUUGAUAUUUUUAAAAUAAAAGGAACAAUCAUGUGCUUCAUUCUUCAGUGACCCUAUUCAUGUGUGCAGUAAAUGCCGUGUAGCCUCAGUUCUUGUUCAGUGAUGAUGUAAACUGUACAUCCGUGUUGUGAAUGUUCUUCUUGAGCCCGAUUAAAGUUCAUUUGCAUUUUGCACAUAAAUUAUUUGCCAUUGAUUUGCAUUAGAAAAUAAAUACAAGGGUAAGACUUUUUUUGUUUGUUAGUGCCAUAUUGAUGUCUCUUUACACCAUGUAAAGAAAAUAAAUCUUGGUUUAUAUGGUAAUAAAAACUCUUUGGAUUUUUCUGAUUGAA